AUGAGUGGCGCUGUGAGAAAACUAUUAGAAUCUUUGAAGAGCAAAGAAUUUAGAGAUUAUUUAAUGAGCACUCAUUUCUGGGGUCCGGUAGCCAACUGGGGUAUUCCAUUAGCAGCUAUCGCAGAUAUUAAAAAAGACCCCAGUUUUAUCAGUGGAAAAAUGACUUUUGCACUUACACUCUACUCUCUAAUGUUCAUGCGUUUCGCGUGGAAGGUGCAGCCAAGGAAUUUGUUGUUAUUCGCCUGUCACUUUACAAACGAAUGCGCCCAACUGACUCAAGGCGCUAGAUUCAUAAAUCACUAUUACAUAGAAAAUAAGACGAAAGAUGAAAAGUCAUAA